UAGUUGAGCUGAUUACACGAAGUAGUCUGUUGCCUUUGUUUAUCUAGUUGUCAAACGAAAUUACUCCGUUUGGUUUAUUCUAAAUGAGUUAUGGAAAAUACAGAACUUACGCAAAGAUCGUUAGGAAAGGUUAAGUAUGCAGGUUUGGAGAAAAUCGCGCGAGGUGAGGAAUACAAGAUAGAUGUUAAAAUGUUGGAGAGUAUUAGAAAAGAUUUUGAACGAUUUUUCGAAAUCGGAAACAAAAAGCCGACACAGACAGUACACGCAAAAUUUCGACUUUUGUUUGACAACGAAAUACUUGAUGGGACAUUUACUGAUCAGCACAGAGCCAUUUCGUUGUUGGAGAAAUCCUUGGUAACAUAAUAAAAAUACUUGUAACUAAGUGCCCCGAGUUGAUUGUGUUUGCUAAAGACAAUGCAGGUUACAAAGGAAUAACACCCGUUCAUCUCGCUAUUCUUAAAGAGGACAUAGAUAUUUUGUCAACAAUGGCAAAUACUCUUCAAGAAAUGGAAGAAGUUAGACUCUCAAAGGAGAAAAUACAGGGCAUUUGCGCUGUAGGACCUGUAUUUCAAAACACGGUCAUGAUGUCUGGAACUCCACUUGGUGUUGCUGCAUUAAAGUUCAAUAAAGAGGUGUUUGCUGUCGUACUUCAACACUUUGCUUCAGGCCUAGAUGUUACAAACGAUAAAGGUGACAACAUUGUUCAUUCACUGAUAAAGUAUGCUUACUUACAGCCAGACAAACUCAAAGAUGUUCUUGAAAUGCUAAGAUUCGUGUUACAUUGUAAAUUCGUCAUGACAGAUCCCAUAUUUGAGGAAAAGAAGUGGAAAAUUAGAAAACAGGCACGCAAAUUGCUGAUGAUGACAAACAAGGAAAAACUGAAUCCCUUGCAACUUGCCGCCAAAAGACAGCAGUUUGGCAUUUUCGAAUAUAUCAUGCAAGGCGAAGUCUAUCACACAAGAGAAUCUGGCGGUGGUCUUUUUAACGAGGAAGUAUAUGAUAUCACUGAAAUAGAGACCCUGAACAUAGAAGAAGACGCUGAAGAAAACGAAGAAGAGCAUAUCAAACACGAACAGCAUGAAUCCGUUCUUGAGUAUCUUGUCCAUCACCAAACGAACAACGCUUUCCUGUUUGCAGAUUUCAUGCCUGUGAAAGAAGUGAUUAGGGAGAAAUGGAAUAGUUAUAAAUGGUGGUUCAAUGGAUGGUUUGUUAUCCAUAUAAUUAGUAUGGUCCUUCUUUCCGUCGCUGCUGUGUACAGGUCAAAACUGACGGGGCCUGUAUCUCGAAAUAACACAGCUGACUUUGCCUAUGUUGUUACUAGAAAUGCAUUUGUCACCGGAGUUUCAAUUAUUGGUCUACUUCUAGGAUUAUCGUAUCUAGCUAUGGAGAUAUCAAGAGUACUUAUUUCCCGCUUUCAAUUCCAGGCAUCUUCAAAUGUUAUGAAAUGUGUUUUGCGUCAUUUUAGCGCACCAUAUUCAAACUUCAUUUUCAGAAUAUACUUCAUUUUAUUUUCUCUUUUGCUUAUAGUCGAUUGCGUUAUCGCUGCGAUCGAUGCCUCGGGGUCGUUGUCAGGUUAUGAAUAUUUCUGCUUGAUCUUUGCUGUAAUUGUUGGUUGGUAUCUUGUGAUGUUCUUUCUGCAGACCUUUAAGGCGUUUAGUAUGUUUACUGUUUUGAUUCAGAAAGCAGUGAUAGAUAUGCUGAAAUUCGCUCUUGUUAUGGCAUUUUUUCUUGUGGCGUUCUCUGUAGCAAUGUAUAUGAUAAUGCAAGGUGCGGACACCGAAGAUGACGAUUUCAAUAACUUCAGUACAACAAUGCUAAAAAUGUUGACAAUCAUGCUCGGUAUUGGCGAGCUAGGAAUUUUGUUUCAAGCCCGACACCCGUAUCUAGCUAUUUUUGUUUUUGUUCUGUUUGUGCUGUUGACAACAAUCCUACUCUUGAAUGCACUGAUUGCUAUGAUGUCAAAUUCCUGCACUGAUCUUAUGAAUAAUUAUGGAGGAGUGUUAGCUUCAAAGCUCCAUUGUCGUCUGCAGAAGCUGUCCGUUAUUCUAUUUCUCGAAGGUGUUUUUCCACGAUGUAUCUGUAAGGAAGUUGGUGUCAAGAAGGGAAAAUAUAGAUACGAUAAUAAUGAAUGGGUUCAUAAUAAGCAGAGAAGAAUAUGGGCCAGAAGCUCAGUUCCUGACCAUGGAGGCACAGAAACCGAAAAAUCGCCCGAUCAAUUACAUCUUACUCACCAGUCACAAGGCAUUGUGUCUUCAAUAAUGCAGCAGUUGAAUCCAGAGAUUAAAGAAACAAUUAGUAAGGGUACCAGAAUUUCUCCAGCAGUUUCCACCAUAUCAUCAUUUGAGCCAUAUCUUCAGCAGUCUCUGAGUACUACAAGAAGAACUGAUAUAACAAAUAUCAGUAAAAAAAACGUGCGACGUGUGCCAACAAAGUGACGUGCAGGCCAAGGAAACGGAGACAGUAGUAGAAGAAAUUGAUAAAUAGGAAUCGUACUGAUAUUUAGAUUAAUGGCCAUUCUGUUCACCAGACAGAACAACUGCGGCGUCAUCUAAAGUGCUUUCUCCCUGGUAACAUGACAGCGUCGUCAAAACAGCGGACCGUUAUCACUAAGCAACGUUAUCGUGCCAUUCCUUUCAUGUUUAAUACAAAGUGAUUGUCGUAAUUUCACUUAAACGAAUAAGGAGAAUGAAUAUUUACAAUAGCAUGUUCAAUGUUUAAAAAGGAUAAAAACGUUGUUUACUACAUGUGUAAUUAUGAAUCAUCUUGGCUUUUGCUACAUAACUGCAAAAGUUUGAACAAUCAAAGUUUUGUAUGUUUAAAAGAAUUAGAAACAAUUUGAACUUUUUAUAUUCACAUCAUUCACAGCUUGUUUAAGGUUUGUAUGUCUGUAAGAUUUUUUUGUGUGCACAAACGCUAUUUAGCUGAUUUUAAUAUUCUUACUUGUGUGUUUAGUUUGUAAUUGUACUGUCUUGCUUUGUUUAAAAAAAUGACGCGUGUUAGAUUUCAUCAAAUUAAUUUGACCAGAACUUUGUUAUUUUUGCAAGUUAUACUUUAGAUAAUCCUUUCAAUAUAAUGUAUUUUAAAUUUUUAGUUUUUGUAAUAAUUAUUAAUACUUGUUUUUUUAAUACAAUUAUGUAUAAUUAUGAUAAAAGGACCUGAUAAAUCCAUUUCAAGGUUCGCUAUAAGCCAGUCUGUGUACUGCAUGUAAUUCAAUACAUCAGAUCAAACUUAGUUUAGCGACCGUCAGUACAUAAGAAAAUCGUCUUUAUAUAUUUCUAAAGAUACUAAUCAUUAGAUUUUCAUAUUUAUCUACAAACUCGUUUCUUUCACUGAGGAAACUCGAAUCAAAACGAUUUCAAGGAAAAUGCGUUUUUUAAAGUUUGCAGCCAGUGAUGACAAAAAACAAAACAAAAAAAAAAACAAAAAAACUUUGCUGACGAUUUGGCAAUUAAUGUUGAAUUUUUCUGUAUUUAAUAAUACAUUGUACAUGUAUAUGUUUAACUCACUUGUUGUAUUUUCCUACUUUCCAUUUUGUCCUGCUUUGACUAUAAGUGUGCUCACGUGCAUGCAUAUACAUAUGUGUACAUAUAUACACAUUCUUAAGUAAACACACACACACAUAUAUUAUACAUACAUACAUACAUACAUACAUACAUACAUACAUAGGGAGAGUGUGUGUUAGUCUUGUGCACGUUUAUAUUCACGAUCUAGGGAAGGAGACUGCAUUUUUGAAUAUUCAUCGUAGCUUUUUAUGACUAAUCCAAACAACCCACCUACUUCUCUAACUCACCUUAAUUUUUGCAUCUUAAAAAUAACGUAACUGUGCUUGUUGUUGGGUUUUGAAGCGGUAACUCCGCUAUAUCUUUCCGCUACAAGUUUUUUUUGUUGCCUACCGCUUUGACACUAUAGUGACAGAAUGUACAAUGUACAGAAUGUGAUUUUUCUUUAAAUUUUACUUCUUCCUUCGAUGGUCUUAAACUUCAGGUGUAUUUUGCACAGAUUUGUAGAGCUCUUGCCUUUUCUUCUAUACAUUUCUUCUGCAUAAUCAGGUGGUUGUGUACGUUCUUGUCUAAACAAAUAUGUCUGGCUUUUGACACAAGUUAUGUGUAUAAAACAUUUCGUACUUCAUUUGAGCUAUUAAUCUAAAAUACUUGUAAUUGACUUAAAGCGACGUGUACAAUGGAGACGGAUCAGGUAAUGUUAAACAUCAAAAGUGUAGAAAUACAGAUCAAAUAAGUUUACUAGUAAUGUGGACAAAAUAUUAUACAAACUAGUUUAUAUAAAAUCUUACAGUACAGUCAAAACAUGCAAUAAUGGUAUAGGUAAAUAAUGACAAAUUACUACUCUCUUCUAUGUAUACAUACAACUGCGUUUCAUGGGGUAAUUACAACAGAUUAGUGGGAUCUGGCAAAAUAUAAGUGUUUGUUUAUUUUGGGUUUGACGCCGUUUUCAACAGUAUUUCAGUCAUGUUACGGCGGGCAGUUAACCUAACCAGUGUUUCUGGAUUCUGUACCAGUACAAACAUGUUCUCCGCAAGUAACUGCCAACUUUCCAACAUGAAUUAUCAGAGGCGGAGGACGAUUAAUUUCAGACACAGUGUCUUUUAUCAAAUCGUCACGGAGAACAUACGCCCCGCCCGAGGAUCGAAUUUGCGGUCCCGCGAUCCGUAUACCAACGCUCUCCCUACUGAACUAAGCGGGCGGGCAAAAUAUAAGUGAGAGACAGUGAAAUGAAACAAAGUCAUCAUAUUGUUGGCAAAAAAAUAACUGCUCAAUUUUUUAAAUUGAGUAACUUUUGUUCACGAAACACAGGAACAUAAAUUUUAUCUAGAUAUGUGUUUAAACCUGAUUUAUUUUUUUUCGAAGUUAAGUAUUAACUACUGUAAGAAAUAUGUCACGCAUACUCUUAUCUAUUUCAUUCUCAAUGUUGAUGUGAAAAUAAAAGUGCAAAUAGUUUGCAUGUUAAAAAGUGUUUAACGGCUCAAACUGAUCUGUUUUAAGCAUGUAAUAUAUUUGUUUCUUGUUAAAUCCUUUUCUUCCGAUGAGUGAUUCUCUUAUUUCUUGUCAAAGGCAUGAAUAUUGGUUAAUAGAAUAAAAAGUUUUAUUGAA